UCUUGCGUUUUAACAUUUGGCAGAUUAACGAAGGACUAUGUUAAAUCGUUGUGUCUACUUCACUCCUAACGGCGCUCCUCUUUAUCAUCCAAUCAGAUCAAGCCACGUCAACUCUUACGUCAACUACUCGACGGUACAGGCACGCGCCCAGUUAGCCAUGGCCGCAGCCAACUCAGUCCGAGUCGCCGCCGCUCAGAUGACCUCUGUCAACGACAUCGCCUCCAAUUUCGCCACUUGUUCUCGCCUCGUCAAAGAAGCAGUUUCAGCUGGGGCUAAAAUGCUUUGCUUGCCUGAGAACUUCUCCUAUGUGGGUAGCAAGUCUGGGGAUAGUCUUUUGAUUGCAGAACCCUUGGAUGGACCUAUUAUGCAAAAAUAUUGCUCUUUAGCAAGAGAAUCUGGCAUUUGGUUGUCCCUUGGAGGCUUCCAAGAGAAAGGGCAUGAUGAUGCACACUUGCGGAAUACACAUGUUAUAAUCGAUGAUUCUGGGAACAUUCGAAGCACAUACAGUAAGAUACACUUGUUUGAUGUGGAUGUUCCUGGAGGAGCAGUAUACAAGGAAAGCAGUUUUACAGAACCAGGGAAGGAUAUUGCUGCAGUAGACAGUCCUAUUGGUCGUUUGGGUUUGACAGUCUGCUAUGAUUUGAGAUUCCCGGAAAUUUACCAGCAGUUAAGGUUCCAACAUGAUGCACAGGUCAUAUUGGUUCCUGCAGCUUUCACCACAGUUACUGGUCAGGCACAUUGGGAGAUUCUUCUUCGUGCCCGUGCAAUUGAGACUCAGUGCUAUGUCAUAGCUUCUGCUCAAGCUGGAAAGCAUAGUGAGAAAAGAGAAAGCUAUGGCGAAACACUAAUAAUUGAUCCAUGGGGCACUGUAGUUGGUCGAUUACCAGAUCGAGUAUCAACAGGGAUUACUGUAGCUGAUAUUGAUUUCUCAUUGAUUGAUUCAGUGAGGGCAAAGAUGCCAAUUGCUAAGCAUCGGAAACCAUUUGACUUCUGGAGACCUGCAUCCCUAUGAUUUUCAAAGGACGGUCUGCUUUUUGGCAACCACUGUCAUACAGAUGUAAGCCAAAGCCAUAUUGAAUUCUGAACCUACUCAAAAGUGAGAAUAAGAUGCCUACCCCUUGUUUUUCUCAGGAGGGAUGAUACUUUGUUCUUUUUGUGAAUGAACUAGUUAUAAUUUAUUCAUGCAUCUUUGUUACUCUUUUAAAUCUUAAGAAUACUUAUAGUUAAGCAGUAUUGUAAAAACAUGUGAUAAAUUUGAGAAAACACAAAUUUUAUGGUUAUGAUCAAGGUUCAAAUUCCUUUUC